AUGAUGAAUAUGAAAUCAUAGAUUAUAGCAGCAGAUUAAAUAUUCUCUAAUUGGAAACCUUAGAGAAAGUCAUAAAAAAAUUAAAAAAUCAUUAGAAUUACAAGAAAAAUAGCUAAAAAAAGAAAUAAUAAAUUAUUGGCUUAAAAAAAUAUUUUUUGGAAAUUAAAUUAUAUAUAAAUCAAGUUGAUCUUAUCAAAAAAUUUGAAACAGUUUUUAAAUUAUUUUUUUAAAAUGAUAUCAAGUAAAUUCGUUAAAAAAUAUUUAUCUCAGAAAAAACUAAAUAUUUAUGUUGGAAGAAACAUGAUUAAAUUGAUAGCGAUUAAGAUUAAGAGAGUUAAUACACUUUUGAAUUAGAUGUAGAGAAAAAUUCUAAUUUACAAUAUAUGGAUGCUAUAUAUUUAAUUAAGUAAAUUCCUUUUAACUAAAAUAACUAUAGAUUUCAUUUUAAACAUAGUUUUAACUCAUGUGAAGAUGCUAAAUAUGUUUUAGAAAGCUUUUCAAAAAGCAUAAACACUAAUUCAACAAUAAAAAUAGCUUUUAAUGAAUAAAUUGAAAUAGAGUGGAUAUAAUAGAAGUUAAAUUUUCUUUAAGAAAGGAGUACAGAAAAUGUAUUGA